GUCGUCUGGCAUCCCACCCUUGCCGCGUGGAUGAUUGACACUCCGGAGGAUGGCUCGACUUUUCCACGCGCGGAGCCCAGCAGCCAAUGAGCACGGCCAAGGGCGGGCCUUGGCAUCCGGAGCAGCUGCUACUUUAGACUCGCCGGUGCUGCCGAAGGGAGACCAGAGCCGAGAAGGACCGGGCAGGGGAAAGGGCGCAGGAGGGACAGCGGGCGCGCAUGCCAGUCGGGACCCUUGGACGGCGGGUGCCCAGGAGGAGGAAGACCUGGCGCGACUCCUUGUCGUCCGCGGCGGCAGCCCCCAUGGCGACCAGAGGACUUUAAAUGAGUUCGGGGGCUUUGGCAGGAUCUGGGCGAUUCCGGAUCCGGCGAUCCUUGCUCUCGCCUCGCCCUGUCAUUGAUGGGAAAUCAACUGGAUCGCAUCACGCACCUGAAUUACAGCGAGCUGCCGACCGGGGACCCCUCUGGCAUCGAGAAGGACGAGCUGCGCGUCGGGGUGGCUUACUUCUUCUCGGAUGAGGAAGAGGACCUGGACGAGCGAGGAGGGCAGCCGGACAAGUACAGCGUGAAAGGCUCCAGCAGCCCCGUCCAAGAGACCCCCACCCACCACCAUCACCACCACCACCAUCACCACCACCACCCUCCGCAGCUGGUGCUGAGCGAGACCCAGUUCUCCGCCUUCCGCGGCCAGGAAUGCAUCUUCUCCAAGGUGAGCGGAGACCCCCAGGCUGGGGAUUUGAGCGUCUACCCGGUGGCGGCCCUGCCUGCCUUGUGCAAGCCGGGCGACCUGCUGGAGCUGCUGUACCUGGGGCCAUCCGACCACCCUCCACCUCCGCCACACUGGGCAGUCUAUGUGGGCAGCGGGCAGAUCAUCCACUUGCACCAGGGCCAGAUUCGCCAGGACAGCUUGUACGAGGCGGCCGCUGGCAACGUGGGCCGGGUGGUGAGUAGCUGGUACCGCUACCGCCCCCUGGUGGCGGAGCUGGUGGUGCAGAACGCCUGCGGCCACCUGGGCUUAAAGAGCCACGAGAUCUGCUGGACGAACUCGGAGAGCUUCGCCGCCUGGUGCCGCUUCGGCAAACGGGAGUUCAAAGCCGGCGGCGAGCUCCAGCCGCCCCCGGGCUCCCAGCCCCGGGAGCAGCAGUACUAUCUCAAGAUCCACCUGGCCGACAACCAGGUGCACACGUUGCGCUUCCAGAGCCUCGAGGACCUAAUCAGGGAGAAGCGCAGGAUCGACGCCAGCGGCAAACUGAGAGUGAUCAAAGAGCUGGCCAUCGUGGAUGGCAAAGAGUGAAAAGGGGGCGCCCGCCGUGUUGAGGGGCGCCUGGGUGGGUGGGGAUCACAGGAGGGAGAGGCCAGCUCUGGUCCGGCCGGCGUGCCCCACCCGGACUCGUUCCCGCCACGCCACGCCACGUGGGUGGCCGCCCUCUUUCUCUCUCGCUCUCCCACGCCCCACUUUCCCUUUCCGUUCUGUUCCAUCAAGGGGAAAAACCAUGGCAACAUUCCAAGCGAAACCAGCGCCGCUCCUCCCGCUCUCAUUGGCCAGUGCUCGGUUCGCCUCCGACUAACACGAUCACACUAGUGAUAUCUAUCGAAGACGAGGAUGCGGUUGGCAGGAAAGCGGGCGGGGGGUGGGAGGGAGGAGAGAUGCAGUUAGCAAAAGUAUGCGGACAAAGUCACUCCUGGCUAUCGAUGUUGAUCAUAGCUCCCAGCGUGCUUAAUAAAAUUUCAAAUU